AUGAAGUGGUUCCAGGAGAAGUUAGGGAUGAGCCGUUGGUGUCCCUCUGAGCGUUUUACUGAAAUCAAUCCCAUCGCGGUCGUCAUCCAUCCUUUGCUUGCUGUGUCUCUGACAGAUAUGUAUCGCCUGGAGCUGGCGGGUGGUCUCGGGGUCAUUCUGCUGCUGCUGGGAGUCCUCACCGCUCUUUAUAAGUGUUACAACUUGGAGAUCAUGCUCUGCUACAGGAGGCACUUUGGGAGCGAUGAAACUGAGGAUGAUAAUAAGGAGUACGACGCCUAUCUGUCCUACACUAAAGUGGACCUCGACUCUUUGGGCAGGCCAAGCAGCGAUGAGGAAACCUUCGCUCUGGAGAUCCUGCCGGACGUUCUGGAGAAACAUUACGGCUACAAACUGUUCAUACCAGACAGAGAUUUAAUACCUAGCAGCACCUACAUUGAGGACUUGGCGCGCAGUGUGGAGCAAAGCAGACGUCUGAUCAUAGUUCUGACCCCAGAAUUUGUAAUCAUGAUAGAGUGCGCAGACCUGAGGAAUGUAAUCAACUAUCAGGAAGUGGAAGCCCUUAAACAUACAAUCAAGGUUUUAUCCAUCAUUAAGUGGAAGGGUCCUAAGAGCAAUGAGUUGUCUUCUAAGUUUUGGAAGCAGGUGGUUUAUGAGAUGCCUGCUAAACGCAGAGAGACACUGUCCAGGCGCCAGGUCAUGGACUCCGGUGAGCAGGGCCUCUUUGGUGACCUACAGACCACCGUCUCAACUAUUGCCAUGACAACUACCUCUGCCUCACUAGCGCCUCCCAAUGAGAGCCGUCACGGACAUCAUCAGGUUGCCCUGGCAACAGAGAUCCCUGACUACAACCAGAUGACCUUGCCACUAGGAGGGGGUCACACAGCUACGGCGGCCCAAAUGCGACACUUCUGCCGCAGCUACGAGUUCCAGCUCCCCCCACAGCCCUCCUCCAUGUCGCCUCCCCUCCCACCUCCCUCCACCGUGCAGUUCUCCACUCUCGGCCCCGGGGGGCGCCAUGUCUACUGCAACAUCCCUAUGACGCUGCUUAACGGACAGGGGUUCAGAGCAGUUCACUGGGGAGCAAGAGGUGCCACAGAGCAGUACACUUGGGAAGAAGCCAGACCUCCACCUGAACAGCACCUUCGUACCACUCACCAGCAGAGAACUAAGCUCUGA